AGAUCAAGAAACUAUGUUUCAGAAUCUGAAGUGUGCAAGCUGGAAUCAGUACCCUUGGAUUUUGGUGAUUACCAUCCCCUAAAACCCAUUACAGUUACUGAAUCCAAGACCAAGAAGAUGAACCGGAAAGGAAGUACUUCUUCUACCUCCUCUUCUUCUUCCAGUUCUAUGAUGGAUCCGCUGAGCAGUGUGUUGGAUGGCACCGAUCCCUUGUCGUUAUUUGCAGCAGCUGCAGAUCCUGUGACUAAUACUGCUGCCAUGGAUACUACACGAAAGAAGCGGGAUAAAGAUGACAGCUCAGCGGUAGGAAGUGACUUUGAACCAUGGUCGAGCAAACGUGGGGAAAUUCUUGCUAGAUACACAACAACAGAGAAGCUGUCUAUUAAUCUGUACAUGGGAUCUGAAAAAGGAAAAGCUACAACUACUGGCUCCGCAGUUUCUGAAAAAGUGAGGACAAGGUUAGAAGAACUGGAUGAUCUGGAAGAGGGGUCACAGAAAGAGUUGUUGAAUCUGACUCAGCAGGAUUACAUGAACCGGAUUGAAGAACUGAACCAGUCUUUGAAGGAUGCUUGGUCCUCGGAUCAGAAAGUAAAAGCUUUGAAAAUAGUCAUCCAGUGUUCUAAGCUUCUUUCAGACACAACUGUGAUUCAGUUCUAUCCAAGUAAAUUUGUUUUAAUUACAGAUAUCCUCGAUACUUUUGGGAAACUGGUGUAUGAAAGAAUUCUGUCAAUGUGCGUGGACAGUCGUGUCUCUUUGCCAGAUAAUUUUUCUCCAGAGAGUGUUAACGAUACAGCUAAAGAAACUUGCUUAAACUGGUUUUUCAAGAUUGCUUCAAUCAGAGAACUCAUUCCCAGAUUUUACGUGGAAGCAGCAAUACUGAAGUGCAAUAAGUUCCUAUCCAAAACGGGUAUUUCGGAAUGUCUCCCACGGUUAACGUCUAUGAUUAGAGGAAUUGGAGACCCACUGGUGGCAGUCUAUGCAAGAGCAUACCUUUGCAGGGUUGGGAUGGAAGUGGCACCACAACUCAAAGAAAGCCUUAACAAAAACUUCUUCGACUUUCUUCUAACAUUUAAACAAAUUCAUGGGGAUACAGUUCAGAAUCAGCUGGUGGUACAAUGUGUGGAGAUUCCUUUGUACUUGACUCUGUAUUCACCUGCUAUAGACUGGAUUUUACAGUGUAUUGCCUACCGUGCUCCUGAAGUUCUGCUUACUGAGAUGAUGGAGAGAUGCAAAAAAUUGGGGAACAAUGCUUUGCUGUUGAAUUCAGUAAUGUCAGCAUUCAGAGCAGAGUUUAUUGCUGCAAGAUCUAUGGACUUCAUUGGCAUGAUAAAAGAGUGUGAUGAAUCUGGAUUCCCAAAGCAUCUCCUCUUUCGGUCCUUGGGAUUAAACUUGGCAUUGGCUGAUCCUCCUGAAAAUGAUCGCCUGCAGAUAUUGAAUGAAGCCUGGAAGGUUAUUACAAAGCUGAAGAACCCACAGGAUUAUAUCAACUGUGCUGAAGUGUGGGUGGAGUACACAUGCAGACAUUUUACGAAGCGAGAGGUCAAUACAGUUUUGGCUGAUGUUAUUAAACAUAUGACUCCUGAUCGAGCAUUUGAAGAUGCUUACCCACAGCUGCAGUCAAUUAUUCAGAAAGUUAUUUCUUACAUCUAUGACUUCUCUCUGCUUUUUUCAGUGGAGAAAUUCUUGCCAUUUCUGGAUAUGUUCCAGAAGGAAAGUGUGAGAGUGGAGGUUUGCAAGUGCAUUAUGGAAUCUUUUAUUAAGCAUCAGCAGGAUCCUGUUAUACUCAAUGCCCUCCUGCACAUCUGCAAGACGAUGCAUGAUUCUGUGAAUGCACUAACCCUUGAGGAUGAGAAAAGAAUGUUAGCAGCUUUGAUAAAUGGAUUCAUAAAAAUGGUUUCGUUUGGCCGUGACUUUGAACAACAGCUGAGUUUCUAUGUUGAAGCCAGGUCAAUGUUUUGCAAUCUGGAGCCUGUUCUAGUCCAGUUGAUUCAUUCUGUGAACCAGCUAGCAAUGGAAACAAGAAAGGUGAUGAAAGGAAAUCAUUCCAGAAAGACUGCUGCGUUCGUCAGGGCUUGCGUUGCCUUCUGCUUCAUUACAAUUCCAUCUCUGAGCAGUAUCUUCACACGUCUUAAUCUGUAUCUACACUCCGGACAGGUUGCUCUGGCAAAUCAGUGCCUUUCACAAGCCGAUGCUUUUUUCAAAGCCGCAGUGAGCCUUGUUCCUGAAGUGCCAAAAAUGAUCAGUGUAGAUGGAAAGAUGCGACCUUCUGACGCCUUCCUCCUGGAAUUCCUUUGUAAUUUUUUUUCCACGUUACUGGUUGUUCCGGACCAUCCAGAGCAAGGAGUGUUGUUUCUUGUGCGAGGAUUACUAAAUGUGAUCCAGGAUUAUACUUGGGAGGAUAACAGCGAUGACAAAGUCAGGAUUUAUACUAAUGUUUUGCAUCUGCUGUCUGCAAUGACUCAAGAAGCAUAUAUCUACCAUGUAGACAAAGUUGAUUCCAAUGAUACCCUCUAUGGUGGAGACUCCAAGUUCCUGGCCGAAAUUAAUAAACUGUGUGAAACAGUGAUAGCACAGAUCCUGGAUCAUCUGAAAACCCUUGGAAAAGAGGAGACCCUAAAGCGACAGAGCCAGUUGGCACUCUAUUUGUUUAAUACUAUUCUAGCUCAUGGGGAUCUACGAAACAACAAACUAAACCAGCUUUCAGUCAACCUCUGGAAUCUCGCUCAGAAACAUGGCUUUGCUGACACCAAGACUAUGGUGAAAAUGCUGGAGUACAUCAAGAGGCGAAGCAAACAGCCUGAAAUGAGUCAUUUCACAGACUUGGCCCUUCGGCUUCCUCUGCAGUCCAGGACCUGACGAGCGCCUGUUUCCAAGGAGUCAUCUGUACAAGAGAGGGUGUAACCAAGGCCAAAAUCACUGUCUAGAUUUUGACUGGAGGAGUUCAGUGUAUUUUUUUUUACUUAGUGUGACAUAUUUACUUGGACCCAGGAAAAGGUAAAACUGUUCUGAGUGCAAUAAUUUAACCUGAAUUUCUGUUUCCAGUUUUACCACUAUAUUCAUAUU